CCAAGCAGGGCAAGUCAAACGAACUUGACCCUUCCAUCUGGCAGUAGCCUCUCCUUCACGUCAUCUGAAAUGACGGAAUGCCUAGAAGACAGCGUGGGUGAAAGUGCAGUGCUUUCCACAGCAGAGGUUUUUUUUGCAUGAUGUGGGCACCUCACAACUCUUUGAUGCCUCACUUGAAAUGUCUCAUGACAAGGACCGGAGCUCCACUUCAGUACCUGAGCAGUUGGAUACGACAGUUGGAUCCUCCAGCAAACCUGACUCUAUGGAUGCGACGUUUCACCUGUCCACAGCAACGGAGAGCUCGGAUACUGAAGAUGAUGAAUACGAGAAGCAGCAGCAGCCUGGGCACUCAAAAUCUCGCAGUCGUCAAACAAUAAAUCCGGAGGAGCGGUUCUUCCUAGUCGCUGAGUCCAGCCUGCAAGAACUGUUGUGUGUCUGCCCCUUCUGCAUGAGUGAUGAAGCUCGUGUUGACACUACAACAAGGGGAACAUCUGUAAAGUCUACAACUGUUUGCAGCUGUGGCAAACAGCGUACUUGGCACAGCCAACCAUGGGUGAAGGACAGGCCACUUGGCAACAUCCUGCUAUGUUCUGCCAUUCUGUUUUCCGGGGUCAACAUCAGAAAAGCAUUUCGAAUGCUUGAUAUGAUGAAGGUGGCAACCCUAACGAAGUCACAGUACUUCAGGACGCAGAAGCAGCACCUUUUCCCUGCUGUGAAUGACGUCUACAUGAGUAAGCAGGCUGAUAUCCUGGACCAGCUUCGUCCGGUGCCCCUGGUCCUUGCCGGAGACGGUAGGUGUGACUCACCUGGCCACACAGCACUCUAUGGUACAUACACUCUUCUGGAGACAGCUGUCAACCGCAUUAUCCACUUCGAAUUGGUGAAGUCAACCGAGGUCUCCAGCAGCAAUGCCAUGGAAGCGUACGGCCUUCAGAAAUGCCUAGCAUUCCUCGAGGUCCAAGACAUGGUUGUGGACAGUUUAGUCACUGACCGCCAUUCUGGGAUAAAGGCCAUGCUGAGGGAGUCCUGCCCACAUAUUAAACACCGAUUUGAUGUGUGGCACGUCGUGAAGGGUGAGCAUAGUGACUGGUAAGAAUAGUUUGAUAUUUCAGGCACGGUGUCUCCCAACAGGUAUCAAGAAGAAGCUCAUAGC